GCCUUUCCUGUGAGCACAUUCAGCUUUUAAAGAUUCAAACAAACAACUUUCAGACUAGGAGCUAAAAUCUACAGCAAUCAUGAUCUUGGAAGAAGCUGGAUUUUUUGGGGUGGGUUUGAUUCUGUGUCUCUCAGGUGUUAAUGGAGGAGAAACCAGGAUCUGUGCUCUCAAAGGUUCAUCGGUGAAUCUGCACUGCUCACAUCAACAUCUGACUUCAAGCAGGAAAUGGUUCACUGUACACUUGAAUGGAUCAAUGAGUGAGCUUUCUGUGGAUGGACAACGUGUAACGUACAACAUGUCUGAAGAGAAAAACCCAACUUUAACCAUCAAUGAUCUAAGAGAGAGUGAUGCAAACACUUACUGCUGUAUGAAGACUACAGACAGUCCAGGAAACUGUUCAGUCAGUAAUAUUACUCUUCAAGUUGUUACAGAGCUGCAGGUAAAGGUGAUUCCUGCCACAGAGGGACAGACAGUAACACUGAUGUGCAGCAGCAGCUGUCCUCUGACUGAAAAGCCUGCAGCCUACAUCUGGUACAAGAACAGAGAGUUUCUCUAUGAGGACUGGUCUCCCUGGUACCAAGAGCUGCUCAGCAGUGAGGAAGCAGUCACAUACUCCUGUGCUGUCAAAGGCUACGAGGAUCUCAGAGCCCCUGAAGUCUCUGUGGGUUCCAUCACAGAGACCUGCUUCAGUGUGACCUAUGCUAAAGGGAGAAUGUGUUCUUACAGACAGACAUCAGUAGAUGAGCCGUGCUCCAUCACAUAUCCCAGAGAUAUUGUCAGACUGACCUGUAACACCAGCUGUGCACUGACUGAGCCUGAAACUCAGUACAUGUGGUACCACAACAGAAGCAGAAACUACAGGAAUCAAAAUAUUUCAAUUAAUCGCUCUGCAAAAGACAAGUUCUCAUGUGCUGUGAAAGACCACGAGUACCUUCAGUCUCCAGAAGUCUGUGUUCAGGAUAAAAACUGCUGGAGAGUGAAUUAUGUCAGCAGGAGAAUCUGUGCUCUGGAAGGAUCUUCAGUCAACAUCACAAAGGUUCACAUAAUGAGGACUGCAGAGGAAAAAAAGGGGUCUGUCACAUUGACCUGUAACACCAGCUGUAACCUGACUUACCCUCAAACUGCCUACAUUUGGUACAGAAAUAGAGAAAGCUAUAGUGAGAAUCAACAUUUUAUUGCUGAAUAUCGGCCUAAUUUGUGGAACUGGGGACCAAAUGUCUUUUGUGCAGUUAAAAGCAACGAGUAUCUUCUGUCUGCAGAAGUCUGUGUUCAUUAUGAAGUAAACUGCUCAGCUGUGAAUUAUGUCAGCAGGAGAAUCUGUGCUCUGGAAGGAUCUUCAGUGAACAUCACAAGUGAAUACUCACAUCCUGAUAACAUGAAGCCAAAGUUUAAAUGUUGGAGUAAAAAAUGGAGAAAAGAUAAAGUGGAAGUUGAAGAGCUGAUUGAGUCUGCAGGUCGUGUGGAGUAUCAGGACAACAUGAAGAACCAACACAUCCUGACCAUCAACAACCUGAAGAAGAAUGACUCAGGAGGAUACACAUUCAGAUUCAACAAAGAUCAUGAAGGAUGGACACAGUCUGAUCUGCCUGGAGUCUUUUUGAUUGUUACAGAGCUGAGAGUGAAGAUGAGUCCUUCUGCAGUGGUGACAGAGGGUCAGAGAGUCACACUGACCUGCAGUACCAGCUGUCCUCUGACUGACAACACAAACUACAUUUGGUACUUGAACAGUCGACCUCUGACCCCGAGAGAAAACCAGAACAAACAUCUGAUCCUAGACCCAGUCAGCAGGGAGGAUGCAGGAAGCUACUCCUGUGCUGUGAAAACCAACAAAGAUAUCAGCUCUGCUCCAAAGACUCUCACUGUCCAAAGUAUCACAGGAACAUGGACACCAGCAGCUGCAGGAGUUUCUGCAGCUCUGCUGCUUUUAAUACUUCUCACUGUCUUCUGGUGUGUUAGAAAAAAGAGGACUUCCAGUCAGCCUCCAAGAAGGGAAACUUCAGACAACAAACAGCAGAUGAACCCUGACCUCAAAUAUGAAAACAUCUCAGCUCAGUCAGCAGAGCAGGAUGAUCAUCACUACAGCAGACUGCACUUCAGUGACAACCACACAGCUGACCUCUACUCCACCAUCGAGCCACUGCCUGCUCACUAAAGAAGUGUUUGUUACCAUGGUGAUUUAAAGGGACCGUUUCCCCUUAAGGUUUUUGUGUCUAAAAUAACUUUAGUAUCAUAGCAGAGACACCAAAGCUGCUACAUCAGUCAGUGUUUGUACUCUCUGUACUGGAUCAUAAAAAACAGAAAGGAAUAACAGAAAUAUAGAAAUGCCUGAGCUUUUCCAUUCAAACAUAUCUGAUAAUGAAAUGCAUGUGUUACAAAUGUCAGAAAUGAAAACAUCAAAGCUAUCAUGUCUGCAGGAACUUAUUUUAUUUAUUUUUUUAAUUUUUUGGAAUGAAAAUGUAAUGAAAUGUGAUCAUAUCACAUGUUUAACUCCUUUAUAAAAGUGAAAAAAUAUAAUAAUAAAGCCAGAGAAUGUUGAUAAGUAAUAGAAAACAAAAAAUUCAAAGGUAAAAUCAGUAUGAAGUGGAAAAAUGUCCUGCAAUACAUCAAUUCUUCACUAGAGGGCUCAUCUGCGAGGAAAAAGAAAAGAUAAAUGAGGAAGUGAUGGUGUUAAAGCUGAAUGCAGUUUAUCUGCAGACACACACAGGUCAGUCAUUCCUGUUAGAUGUUGAUUUUUGACAUUCAAUCAUGUUUUUGAUAUUUUCUAAUCUCUAAUGAUUUUUAUGAAAUAUGUACUACCAGUGAUCAGCCAUUUAUCACAAUAAUGUUAAUCAACAUACAACCACCUUUCUUGUUAAGAGUAAAAAAUCUAUAACAGCCAUGAUGAUGGCAGAAGCUGGA